ACUUGAUUGCUUAGCUAGAACACCUUCAAGGUAUGACAAAAUAUUAUUAAAGCUGCCGAUAAAUAAUAUUAGGGCUGCAACAUUGUUGUAGUCUACAACACUGGAAUUCCGAAUUAGCGCUCUUAUUAAAAAAAGCGGGAAAGAUAGUUGUAAUCAAACAAUAAUUAUGGAAACUCCUACGGGACGUGCUGCACGGCCUUCACGAACUGCUACGCCGCGGCUCUCGGAGCGCAAGAAGCAAUUGUUUCGUAGCCGGAGUUCUAUGAUGGACCAAAUAGAAGACGACGGGGAUGUCGAGGACCCAUUGUUGGGUAUUGCACCUCUGAAGCCAAGACACCUAAGUCAGUUAACUAAAGGAACGAAGAAGCCAAACAAUCGUUGCAACCUGUUCGAGAGCGUUGGUGAUAGAGAUGAUCAAAGUAGUAUGAGCAGUUCUCCCGAGACCAAUAAGGAAAACAAGACCUUACGGAAGACACGUGGCUCUGCUAUAUCGGCGGGGACGGAGGAGCAAUUGCCGCAUUUGUUUACUAAAACUAUGCGCAUUCAUAGCAAUAGCAGCACCAGCCAAAGUCAUAGCUCCAGUCCACGCACGCCCCAAGGACGAGGCCGUGUCGUAAACGCUGAUGAAUCUAGCACGGAUACUGAUGACUCAGCCACUGGUAAGCAAAGAAAAGUAACAAAAAGAGCGCACGAAAUGAUGGCUGCAGUGACCAUCGAAUCUUCACCGGAAUCCGCCACAACAUCGCCAAAGUGCAAGUGGCGCAGGACCCAAAAAGAAUGCAUACCGACAAUGGCGUUCUAUUCAUGUACUACCAGUACUCAAAGUGCUUCACGUAGAUCAGGCUCUUUGAAAAGUGUACGUCGGACGGCACAGCAACAACGCGUAGGCAAGACUAAGGCUACUUCGCCGCCAUUUCGUCCUCGAUUGGGCAUCAAUAAGGGCGUGCAUCACGGAAUACGAAAACCUCAGCGUACCGGCGCAUCGAUCAAUUUGGAUGACAUAUUGGGAUCGUUGCGGAAUGAGAAAUUACGCAAUAUGAUUAUCACGAAACGGGAGGAGCUAGCCAAGGUAGAGGAGGUCCACAAUAUACUGCGCAGUGCAAAGGAUCCAAUUAAAAUGGCUAAGCCGCUCAGCGUAAUCGCUCUUGAUGAUGCCAAUAAUAAUAAUAAUAACAAUAACAAGGAAACUGAAGCACAAUUUUUAUCUGCUGUGGAUUUUUCCGACCUUAGCGACGAUGAAGAAUUGCAUACUCCCUCAACUCAGGCUGUAGCCAUGGAACUCGAACCAAUUAUACCAAUAAUUCGUCAUUCUAAUCCAACAGACACAUCGCCUAAAGCGGAUCCUCCCAACAAUCGAAAGUUCUUCAAAUCAGGCAAACGUAACAGCACGUGCAUGGAGGUACGGAUAACGGAUAACAUUCGCGCUAGCGUUAGCCAGGGCAAGAUAUCGUUGAUGGAGGCCCCUAUAAAAAAACAUCGACAAGUGCGCGUUAAAUCCUCUACAAUUUUUUCAGCAGAGCAGGCGACCGUUGAUGCAAUACUACGUAAUCUUGACGAGACCGUCGUGGAUGAAAUCAUUGAACCAGGACCAAUAGCGGAAUCAAUACCUCAAUCUCGGACAGAUCCUGAAAUGGAAGAUCAGGUAUUGGUGCCAGAUCCAUACGAAAAGUACCGUCAACAAUUGCCAUACCAGACAGAUGAUCCUGCAAUUAUUGAACAGCAAGCCCUCUUGCUCGAGUUUCUAAUAACCAAUAACAUAUGUACAGAUAAGAAUUUUGAGAUAUUUAUAGCUGAUCCAGAUAAUCACAAGGAAGAGGCCACAAGCAUUGUAGAUAAUUUAUACACGGUAGUUUAUGCAGAUCAGCUAGAUCUGGCAGAAGCUGAGAACAGCAACAAAACUGAAAUCGAUCAUGUACCUGUGGAGGACAACUCUCCAGCGUUGGAUGUAGAAAAGACCAAUAAAACGGAAACGAGUUUGUUGUCCGUUGAGCCUCAAGGAAAAUUGUUUCCUAUUUUCACUCAACGCCUACAGCCAAUGACACUAAAGUCAUCGCGGCAUAAGACGAAUGCCUCGCUGCGGUUAAUGACUGGUGCGAGUGGUUCCAAUCAAUAUCAAAUCGACGCUGGUCAAAAGGCCUUUGGAGCCAGGCAAUGCCAACAGUGUGGUCUAGUCUAUACCGUCCAUGAACCAGAGGAGGAGCAGUUACAUAAGGAAUAUCAUGAUGCUGCCCAUGUGCUACGUUUUAAGGGUUGGAUAGACGAAGAUAUCGUAGCCGUUUGUCCAGAUUGGGCGGCUGAUGGACGGAUUAUACGUUUGAACGAACGUGCUCCUUCUGUCCGCUUACAGCGGCUUACUGAACUGAUCAACGUAAUAGACAAGGAAUUGGGCUACUCCUCCUAUGUUGUGCCAAAGACAUUUGUAGCCUUCCUUGCUGUGCGUAAACAGCAAAUCGUGGGGCUGUGCCUUGUACAGCCGCUGACGCAGGCGCACAGAUUUAUUCAGGUCGAUGGCAUCGACUACUUUAGUGAGGAGACAUUUGAAGCUAGCUGUGGUGUGGCCCGCAUUUGGGUUUCGUCACUGCAUCGUCGGAAAGGGAUUGCCAGCAAAUUACUGCGCGCAGUGCAAUAUCAUACCGUUUUGGGUUUCGAAAUACAUCGUGAUCGCAUUGCAUUUAGCUCACCGACGGAUGAUGGACGGGCUUUAAUUCGUCAAUUUACGCAGAAUGAUAAUUUCCUGACUUACCAAUGAGAAACACAGGAGUUUGGCUAUUGAAUAGCUGGCUAUUGUACGCUGUUGAAUAUCGUUUACUAUAAAUGCCUAUGUUUUAGUUAUUAAGAAAGAAAGAUAUUUUGAAAUGAAAUUGUGUUAUAUUUAAACCAAA